UUGUUGCAGUAGCAUAUACCAUUAUGGUCGCUGUCAAAUUGGCGAUGCAUAAUGCUGUGGGCAAGCUGUCAAGCCAGUGUCAAAUCACAUCAUUUCGUAAUCCGUAAUUCCGUUUUAGCUUUCUUAUUCCUGUAAAAGUUUAAAUAACUUUGAAAUUUAUUAUUAUUUAGAGUAAGUUCCGUUUGCAUUCGGUUAAAUGGUAUUAUAUUGAAAUUAAGGAAAAUGUCGUCUACUACAUCUAGCGGAAAAGAAUCUUUCGAAGACUUUUAUACCGAGGUUAAGGAGAUCGAAAAAAGGGAUUCGGUUUUAACUCCAAAGCAACAAAUAGAGAGAUUACUUCGACCAGGAUCAACUUAUUUCAACUUAAAUCCGUUUGAAGUAUUGCAAGUUGAUCCAGAAAACACCUUGGAUGAAAUUAAAAAGAAAUAUCGACGUCUAUCAAUACUAGUACAUCCAGAUAAAAAUAUAGAUGAUUCAGAGCGAGCUCAACAGGCAUUUGAAAUUAUAAACAGAGCCUGGAAAACUUUAGAAAAUGAAGAAACAAGGAAAAAAAGUUUAGAUAUCUACGAAGAAGCUAAAGAACGCACAGAUCAUAUGAUAGAACAAAAACGCAAAAAACAAAAGAAGGAUGGUAAAGUAACUGAAGGUAUACCAGAAGAUGAUCCUGACAAAUAUAAACAUGCAAUUUAUGUUAUGACCAUGAAGUUGUUUGCGGAUAUGGAACGUAAGCGUCAACACUUAGAGACUCGAGAUAUGGAGGAAAGAAAACGUAAACGUGAAGCAGAAAUUGAACAGGAGGAACAAAUGUCCCUUGAAAAAGAGUGGGCCAAGAACUUUGAGGAAUCACGACAAAACCGCGUCGAUAGUUGGAAAAGCUUCCAAUCUGGAAGUGGUGGUACGAAAGAGAAAAAAAAGAAAAAAAUAAUGGGUUUUAAACCUCCGAAACCCAAACCUGAAAGUAGAUAACUCUAGUUUAUAAGUUACUUAAUUUAGCAUUACUAUUUUAAUGAAAAAUCUAUGAAAACUGUACUGAUAUAUGAUAAAAUACACAGGUGACAUGUUGUAACAUUUGAUUCAUAAUUGAGUAGUGGACGAUAUAUGGUCACUUUCCAUCAGAGUCUCACUUUGCCUGUUUGCCCCCUAAUACAUGAAACAAAAUCUUGCACUUUGUACCCUCAACAGUAAACUGAAUAAGCAAAAUAUAAUAUAUCUUUACAAAAAAGUAACAGUUUUCGUAGAUUUAAAAUUGGCAUAUAUUUAGCGAUAAAUCUCAAUUCACCAACUUGCUUUGAUCGUGUUAGGAUACAUUAGGUACUAAGAAUAAAUAUUUUAUUCAUUUCAAUUCAAGAGAAGUAAUUUUAUUUUUCAAGUUAAAAAGUUUACAAUCUAUGUAAGUUUAAAAGUUGUAUCUUGAAUAAUAAAUAUGAAUUUACAAAUUUAAUUUGAUGUUAUUAUCAUAAGAACACAAGAAUAAUAUACUAUUGAAGAACAGACGAGCUACUAUUUAAGGGUGGUCUUGGGAGACAGAAGAGUGCCUCCUCUAUCCAUGGACAUUUCUUGGGGUCCCCGGUCGUAUUGGUACUGUGAGACUUCAAAAUAAAACCACCGAGUAUGUACUGCUGGUCAGAUAGUGUAAUUGUUUUCUCUCGUUAUGAAUUUACAAAAAACUUAAUUAGUAUUUUGAAAACAAAAAAAACAGUUUUAUAGCGCGAUUUAAAAUACAUCUAACGCCAUCUGUUAACGAGAAGAUAAAUAAUAUUAGGCAUAAUGUAUUUCGAUCUUGAACAGACAUUGUAAAUUUAAAUUGAAAAGGAAAAUGCUUACCUUUAAAUUAAUAACAAUUUCUUAGUCUAUGGAUUGAAACUGCACAUUGCUUCAAGUUGAAAUAAAUAAAUAUUUUGAAUUUCCAAAAAUUACAAGUAUCCAAGAAUUUGUCUUGUAGUAUUUUUCAUUUUUAUUAACUUAAUUAAAUAAUAAUGUAAAAAAAAAUGUUUCGUUAUGCAUAAAAUUAAAAAAAAUAUAUUUUACAAUUAGUUGUAAAAUAAUUGCAAAUAACCGUCCAAUAUUGUUUUCGAUUAUAUUGACAACGAUCGCUCUAUGACCUAAGAGCUGGCUCUAUGGCAAGAAGUAAAUAGGAAAAUUUAUAGAAUGCUCUUCUUCAUUUAGAUUCUUAGAGUCCUUCGUCCUCGAAACGAAUGAUAAGUUAUCCAACUCUUAAUUGUUAGUUGACGAUUACCGUUUCCUACGCAAUAUUUAAUCGACAAACUACCUAUUACCUAUUUUAUUGGGCUUACUGUGAUACUGACUGCUAAUAAGAUUCAGAUGAAAACAUUUCCCUUCAGCAAAAUAUAGUUCGUGAGGUUGAGAAUCUAGUAGUAUAAAAGAUACGUACUUUAUCUAGUAUGAAUCAAAUACUUUGUAAGUUGACCUGAUAAAUAAUAAUUUCGUUUAAAUAAUAAAGAUUUAAAUAAACAGUUA